UUCGAACUCAAUUGGGCCCAAUCUUUGCCUGCCAGUGGGACAGAAAAUGCCAAAGCUUUCACUUGCCCAACAAAUUUCCCAGCUAGCAGAUGCUGCACCGAAAGAGAUUGACCCAGAAGAAGACUACCACCACGAUGAAUCUUCCGAUGAGCAAGAGGAUGUUGUAGAACGAUUACGUGCUGCACGAUCCCACUAUGUAGACGUGGGAACCUCUGCGAUCCGAAAGGCUCAAGGCGCCCUCAUUGAUCCUAAAUAUAAGGGGGUUCGCAUCUCAAGAAAGAAUGUAUUUGAUGAUGAGGCAGAGGAAGGAGAUGAUGAUGAGAGUGAGGAUGAGGACGACGAUGAGGGGGAAGGCGAAGGUUCUGUUGCUAUCUCUUCUCUUGAAGAAGGCGAUGGCAGCGAAAUCGGAAGCGUCUUUUCCCAUAGCUCGGCUGACAAUGAUGGAGGGUUUUCGGAACAUGAAGGCGUUUCAGACGUACCAGGCAGAGGUGCCUCAGAAGCUCAGGAAUCGGAAGGCGUCGACCCGCCACCUACACCCCCAAAUGAUACUUCCGUAAAUUCUCUCCAGGAAAAGUCAGAUCUGGCAUCUAUGCUUCAACACAAUCGAAACCAGGACCGGCUUAAGGGUCAGGCCAUUUUGAAACAGCUCAAUAUCUGGGAUACCUUUAUGAAUGCCCGAAUACGGCUACAGAAAGGCACCGUCGUUGCGAACAAGCUACCGAAUCCCACGUCGAUCAGCGCGUACUUAUCUUCAGAAAAGGGAAAAAAGGCUACAGAAGGCUUUCUUGCAGAGGCCAUCGCACUGUCGUAUGAUCUUCUCGACCUACAAACCGCUCUCCUUAAGGAUCAUGGCGUCCAAGUCCCUCUAUCCAAGCGCUGCAAACUGAAUGAUGGCACUUCGCGGAACGAAGAAGUGACACUUGCAUCAGAGGAUGCGGCAAAGCUCCAAGCAUCUGCCCAUUCCUAUCUACUUGCAACCCUGACAAAGUGGUCUAACAAGAUAAACGCCGUCUCGCCGGCGACUCUGCUCCCCACCAAAAAAGCCUCCUUCCGGCAUUCAGGCCAGUCCUCGACUCCAAAGACUGCUGUUGAGCUAAUCCAAGAGUCUAUCGAGGGGAGUGUUGGACGAGCGAAGGCUCUUGGUAGGACGAGAGUCAAGCGUUCACAUGGUGGACGCAUCGGAGAGGCUGCUGCAGGGGGCCAGGCAGGCGCUGGCGCAGAAGGUGAUGCCGAAAUCUUUGAUGACACAGAUUUCUAUCAAGAAAUGGUGAGGGAUGUGAUCAGUUCCAAGGCGGGGAAAGACGAUCUCGCCCCCGACUACAUGGAGAGACGAAAAGAGGCGAAGGCUAGGAAGAAAAUUGUCGACACAAAGGCUUCCAAGGGACGCAAACUUCGAUACCAAGUCCACGAAAAGCUCCAGAACUUUAUGGUUCCUGUACAGCCCCGUGGAUUGUGGCAUGAGGAACAGAUCGAUGAGCUUUUCGGAUCGCUUCUUGGUCGGGGCUUUGGCGGUGGCAGAGAUACCGAAAGUACGAUGGAUAUUGAUCAGGAGGCAGGGGGAAAUGACCGCAGCGGAGCGGUGGAAGAGAUGUCGGCUUGGAUGUCGGAUCUGAAGGGACUGAGGGUAUUUUGACAUCUCUUGCUGAUUAUCUAUUACCUAGGAUCGAUGCGCCGUACAAGUCUUAUCAUCAUUUCUAUAUAUUAUUAUUACGAAGUCAUAGAGGCUGGAGUCUUGCCUAAUCAUCAUUAUUCUAUUCUACAUUUUGCUG